CUCCCUCCCCUUCUUUUUCCAGAUGUCUUCAUGACCCAGUUCUCCGCCCUGCAGACCGCACGCUCGGUGAGGACACGACGGUUGGCGGCCGCCGAAGAAAACCUCGAAGUGGCCCGCGCAGCGCGCCUCGCCCAGAUCUUCAAGGAGAUCUGCGAUGGCAUCAUUGCCUACAAAGAUUCCUCCAGCCAAAUCCUAGCCACCCCUUUGCUGGUUCUUCCUCCGAAAAAAAAGAACGCCGAUUACUACGAGAAGAUCUCGGACCCCCUCGAUCUCACCACCAUCGAGAAGCAGAUCCUGACGGGCUACUACAAAACGGUGGAGGCUUUCGACGGGGAUAUGCUGAAGGUUUUCCGCAACGCUGAGAAAUACUAUGGCCGCAAAUCCCCGAUCGGGCGGGAUGUCUGCCGGCUGCGGAAAGCCUAUUACAACGCCCGUCACGAAGCAGCUGCUCAGAUCGACGAGAUCGUGGGCGAGACGGCCAGCGAGGCGGACAGCAGCGAGACCUCCCUGUGCGAGAAGGAGAGCGGGCACGAGAAGGACGAAGACGUCAUCCGCUGCAUCUGCGGCUUGUACAAAGACGAAGGGCUGAUGAUCCAGUGUGACAAGUGCAUGGUGAGGAUGCCUGCUGGGACCUUCGGGAGGGGGGCAG